GCAAGGUUUUAUAUGAAGGUAUGGCGGUAUCAACAGUUCUUAGCAAAAGUGGUGAUUGUCGACGCUAAUAUUUCGUGGUAAUUACUUGCAGAAGACUUCACGAUGGCUCACCAGAGUCAAGGUGGAAUGGAGUGUGGGAUCAGUGCCCAGGAAAUGGAUGAGCAGCGUCAGAAGAAUGUAUCUUAUCAAUAUUUGUGUCAUUUGGAAGAGGCAAAAAAGUGGAUUGAAGCCUGCAUAAACGAAGAGUUGCCUGAAGCUGGAGAGUUAGAAGAAAAGCUGAGAAAUGGUGUUUACCUGGCAAAAUUGGGUCACUUCUUUGCACCUGACACUGUACCUCUUCGACGAAUAUACGACUCAGACUUGAGCCGUACCAAAUCCCUGGGAUUAACUUCAGGCAUACAGACAAUAUAA